CAGGAAGUAGUCUUGUCAUUUCCCCUCCCUCCACAUAUCCCCCUUAUCACUCGCCUCUGUCACUCAGCACAGAGGCCACGCAGACCUGAGCGGGAAGAAGGAAGGCUCUAGAUCUUCUGUAACUUUCCAGCAAGAACAUGCCCUGGGAAACUCUGCAUGAAAUGCUGUUUGCUCUUCUGCUCUAUCUUGCUUGCCUUCUACCUGAGGUCAUGAUGGACCAAAAGACUAAGGAAGUCUAUUGUCGUUUCAACACCACAGUACUGCUGAUGGGGACCAAUCUGAAUGCUUCUUCGAUCUUUAAUGUGGAGUGGCAUGCACAGCUAAAUGGGAGAGAAAAGGUCUCCAUCCUAACAUACUCACCCGGCUCCAACAACAUCUAUAUUAAUGAAAGUUACAGGAAGAGAGUUGUCUUUGCUCAUAUGAACUUUUCCUUGACGAUACAUUAUGUGACUUUCAGCGACGAAGGAGUCUAUACGCUGACCAUCCAGCUGCUUAACAAUCAGCAACAGAUUGGCAGGACAAAAGUCACAGUGAUCAUACCUGUAUCGAACGUGCACAUCACCAGUGAGACAUCUCUUCAUCAUCAGGGGAAAAACAUCACCUUGAAUUGCCUGGGAAUGGCAGGAAAUGCCGUGUCCUACUCCUGGCAGAAAUGCAACCAGCCUUUGCCAAUUGGAAACCGCACCAUCCUGUCUAAGGACAACGCAUCCCUGACCUUCAUUAACAUACAGCAAUCUGACAUUGGGAACUACAGAUGUGUGGCCCAGAAUGUUCUCAGCUCUGGGCAUAAAGACUUCAUCCUGCAGCUUUGUGCUGAGACUGGUGUCUCUCCCUGGUGGAGCUAUGGCAUUUACGGGUACCCUGGCUAUCUGGGCUACGCUAUUGUCCUCUUCUACAUCUUCAGCUGGGUGAAAAGGACCAGGAAAAGCAGCUCCAAAGGCCAGUCAGAUGCCAUUUAUGAAAACACGGCUUUUGAAAACACCCCCACAAACAACGGUAAAAGAGUUCCCCCUGUCUACAUAAGACACAUCAAGAAGUAAUCUUAAAGGGACGAAGAAAGACUGGUUUCUAUUCAGAGUGGCUUUGUUUUAUUAUGUGUAUAAAAUACUCUGCCUGUCCUGCUAGCGUGCACGUCCCAUUGCUGAUGGUGAGAAACAGCUCCAGGAUGAAAGAAAGAAAGAAAGAAAGAAAGAAAGAAAGAAAGAAAGA